AUGCCCGGCGGGGAAGUGGACAUCUCCGUCACCAGGAACGGGCGGUGCCGGCGCGGGGCGCGGACCGGGAGUGCCGCUGGGGGGGGAGCGGCCUGGGGCACGGUACCGCCCCCGCCGCCGCCGCCGCCCCACGCAUGCUCCGCCACCGCCACCGCGCCGGAGCGGAGCGGAGCGGGACGGGACCGCGCCGGAGCCGCCGUCGCCGCAGGACUAGCAUGGGAGAAGCCUUCCCUGGGCAUGGGCAGCACUAGGGAGCCCGAGGCCCUGCAGCUGCUGAGCCAAGUGGCCGAGGAUGCCUGUGAGCCCAGUGCCAGCUCCUCAGGCUGCCCACCAGUGGGUGAGCGCUUGCCCAGUUCUGGCUGCACCGUGAGUGGCCGUGGCAUGAGGACCUGCUGCGUGGCUGAGCCCGAGGCCCUGGGCACUGUGGAGAAGGUGCCGGUGCCAACAGGAUCGGGGAGCUGUGGGGCAACCGGUGGCACUGUCCCUGCCUGCGAUUCUAUGGAGCCAGGGGGCACCCAGAAGGAGAAAGCCACCCCCGUGCCCCCCCUCCCUGAGCCCUGCCUCAAGGCACCCAGCAAGGACGCGGGCAGCGCGCCGGCUCUGACCAAGCACGUGGCAUUCCUGGAGCCAUCGGCAGGAGCUGAGCUACCCUCCCCGAUGCCGAGCCAGGAGCAGCCCCAGGGUGGCACAGGGGGCACCGAAACCCCCAAGCAGCCCCAGGGAGUUGGGGAGCAGGGCAGAGCCGACGGGAGCACCGAGAGCACCCAGCAGCCCCGGACUGCCAAGCUGCUCUGCGGGUCCUACUCGUUCGAGGUGACUCCCCCGCAGGACGCCGGCAUGCAGGACACGGGGACGCAAGUGGACAGCCGCGCAUCCCUGGUGUCGGUGGCAUUGAGCCCCAUGAGCCCCCCAGAUGGAGCUGCCGCCUUCACGUUCCCCAAGAGAGAGCUGAGCUCUGCCCCACGCCCAGAGCCCUCCAAGAAGGACGCGGAGAUGCAGGUGUCCAUGCCUGUGGAGAUGCGCUCGGUGGCCACCGGGCCCAUGACGCCGGUGGCCAAGUCCCCACAGGCCUCGUACCCCGAGGUGCACGUGAAGGGGGUGGUGGAGGAGGCUCCAGAGCCCAUCCGGGAGGUGAGCUGGGACGAGAAGGGGAUGACGUGGGAGGUGUAUGGGGCCUCCAUGGAGGUGGAGGUGCUGGGCAUGGCCAUCCAGAAGCACCUGGAGAAGCAGAUCGAGGAGCAUGGGAGGCAGGCGGUGGCCACCCCGCAGAGCACCCGUGCCAGCUCCGUCAAAGGGGCUCCCCAUAAAGGCGAGCCCAAGAGGCAGCCCAGCGUCUUUAGGGCCCUUCUGCAAAACGUCCGGCGGCCGCGGUGCUGCUCCCGUGCCGGCCCCGCCAUGGAGUGAGCCGCUGCCCGCCCCGGUGGGAUGGAGGGGACAUGGGGAGGUGUCCCUGCCCUGCGUCCCGAGACUCCCGCUGCCGGCGUGCAGCACUCCAGGCGGGUGGUGAUGGAGAGCUGCAGGUGGGGAUGGGGCGUCUCCUUUGCUGGGGUCCCCCCCAGCCCUGGGACACGAGAUGGGUGCCAGCUCUCUGUGCAAGGGGCAGGGGCCUAGCUGUGGCUCAGAGUUGGGCCCAUGGGCAGCAGCAGAGCCACCAGACCCUGGCUGCCCACCCCACUCCUGUUCUUGCCACGUUGGCAUCGUGUCCCGCUGCCAUGCCUGGCAGAGGGACCGUGGGGCCGGAGCACAUCUGCUCGGGGCCAUCAGCUGCUUGUCCCUGUCACUGCAGCUGGAGGCACUUGGGGAGGUUGUCCCCAUGGUCCCCAACCCUCCCUGGCUGCAGUUGAAGCGCGGGGAAUGUCCUUGUCCCAGUGGUGGGGAAGGAACCGUGCUGCCUCCUGGCCAUGCUGCUGUCAGUGGCACCCAGAGCCCCCGGGCUGUCCCUCUGUGGGUCCCCCAGUCUCGCUUACUGUUCCCCCCGGGGCCGCGCCAGCUGCAAAUUGCUGCCACUUUUUACCGCUGGGAUUUUGCAGGGGUUGGGAGGGAGGGGGGGGCUUUUCUUGAACCGUGUUUGCAUUUUUGGAGCUUUUUAAGAGAUACUUUCAGCCGUCAGCCACCUCCUCCCCAGCAGCCUGCGGGGCCACAGCUCUUUCAAAACACUGUCCCUAUAUCCUUGCCGUGCUGAGCAGCACCAGGAGCAAAGUCGGUGUGCCGGGGGGGUGAGCACCCCGCUGCCAGCAGCACCUCGGUGUCAGUGCCAAACUGUGGGACCCCACACCUCGCCCCCUCCCCACCCAGUCUGACCCAGUGCACAGAAGUGGCCCCACAGAUCCCAGGAGCACCUGAGCUGCGGGAGGCUGCAAAAAUUGGGGUGCUGGGGAACCUUCCACCCGCCAGCCCACUCCGGCACUAUGGCUUCAUCCCUGACUUUCUUCGUUUUCCUCUUUGUUUGUUUCUUUGAGGGUGGGGGGUGAAAGGGGGCGGGAGAACUGCACUUGUCAAUUUGGGUGUUGGGUAAUAAAACGUUGCAGAAAGCUC